UUAAUUUUAUUUUACACAACUAUUAAUUGUUAUUUGAAAAAUGACAGUAAUAUGAACAAAUUUUUUAUCCGCAAGUGGAUAGUGCAUUGAGAACGUGAUGUAUAGUGUGUGUCUACUAGAAUAUAUAAUUUAGGAUCUAAUUUGUGUUGUUUGCUUGGACUUCUUCGGAUUUCGUUUGAAAUAAAUUUAUCUGUGGUGUGAAUUAUAAUUCGUUUUGUGUUUUUUUUUUGAUUGAAUUAUUAUUUAACGAUAAAUUGAUCAAAGAAUUGUUGAAAAUGACUUGAUAUAUCAUUAAUGAACAGUAAUUAUAUAGAGUGUCUACGUGUAUUCAGGUUAUGUUAACAGUAAGGCUAUAGUAAUAGUCUUGCUAAUGUAGGUUCAAAGCUAUAUUCAGGAGGAAGUUUAUAACAUGAUAGAAACUUUAGUUGAAGAAAAUGCCUGGUGUUACUGGGUUGUCUGUGUUGGAGCAUUACUAUCAUUUCUUGGUCUUGUUGCCGCUUGUAUCUGCAGUUGUCGACGCAAUCAGACUAAAAACGACUUUCCUGGAUUAUGUGGAAUGGUAACAAUUAAUCAUUCUGAAAAUGAUGAUUUUAAUACAUUACCAUCCGUGGAAGUUACUCAAGUUCUACCAGCACAAGAUACGACAGAUAAUGGCAAAAGAACAAGCGGAGCUAAUAGAAGCUUACCAGAUAUACCAAAAGAUAAAAAUAGAGGAGAAGUUGCUACAGAAUCCGUAUCUCAAGAUAUUUAUGAAACUAGUGAAAUAAAUUCUGAAUUGUAUGCUACAGUUCAGGAUACAGAAGAGCAACAAUCUGAAAGAGAAACACAAUGCCUUUCUCAACAAGUUUCUUUAGUUCAAGAUAACUCAACAUAUCAACUUACAAGAUUUACACCAUCUACAUCUAAAAAUGAUGAACAUCCGUAUGCUCAACUUCAAAGUAUUCAGAAAUCUGAAGCUGAUCAAUCACAUAGGAAUAGCAGUACUCAAGUGACUAAUGUUGAUAAACCAUCAACAUCAUCAAGUCAUACAAAUGGAAAUCCAGUAGCACCUCCAAGAACUCGGAAAUCAUCAUCUUAUAAUUCACUCCUAAGUGCUGAGAACUCUAACGAUAUACAAGCUGCAAAUGCUAUUUCUGGAGGUGUACAAGCUAAUCAAGAUUUACCAUAUAUGACACCACCUCUUGCUAUGUUACUUCUUCAUCCACCACAACCAUCGCAACAUAGUACAUCACAACAUUUUAGUGGUGAUUCUCAGGAUUCUAAAGGAUAUACAAGUAUAAGUGUACGAGAACCCUUAGCUAAUAUAUUAGCACAAACAAAAGCAGCUUAUCAACAAAAUCAACCAACACGUUUACCUGUUGAUCCUCAUUAUGCAACUGUAUCAGAUGAUUCAGAUGAAAUGUAUGCAGCUAUUGAUGAACAAGAAAAAAUUUACACUAGUGGCAGUGAAACAUACGCCCAAAUUCAACCUACAAUAUUAGAAGCAAAUAGAAUUAUACAUAGUGAUCAAAAUUCAUUUAAUCAACAAUUAUUGCGUUCUGAAGAGACACAUACUGCUCCACAACCACCAAGUGUUGAUAGUUUACGUCAUGUUGCUCAUGCUCAUUCAAGACAAGCAUCAUCAUCAAGUGCCAAUAGUUCUAUCAUAAACCCAGGUUCUCCAAAACCAGAAAAACGUCAAGCAAAUUCACCAUUACCUCCCCCACCAGAAGCAGUUUCAGAUGCAUAUGCGGCUGUCGAUAAAAGAGCAAAAAAUGAUGAACGCAUAAGACCUAAUUUAUCAACUGGAAAAUCUCUAGAAGAUAUGUAUGCUAAAGUCAUGAAAAAGAAAAGAGAUGCUGAAGAGCAAAGUGACAGUCCUAUGAGUUCUAACAUUUUACAUCCAGAAGUAACACCUUCAAAUAGAAAACUUAGUCUCAUAGAAAUUAGUAGAGCAUCAUGGUCUAGUCAUGAUUCAGUAGAAAUACAAAAAGAAGAACAUGAUACUAUUCAUUACACCAUACCAGCAAAUACUGUUAUUAAUAUUCACACUGAAAUGGAAAAUAAUUGUUUAAAAUUAUCUAGAAUGUCUGAUGGAGAUACAAAUUUAUUAAAUCAAGAUAUUAAUCAUGGUUAUGAAUCUGUGAAUUCCAAAAGAAAUUUAGCUGCCCGAAGUUUUCCUGUUUGUGAUUCUAAUUACGAAAUACCACAUCUUCAAUCUUUAAGAAAUAAUGAUUAUCAAAGUACAUCAGCAUCAGUACGUAACGGUCCUGAUUUAUUAUUGACAUAUCCUACACCUUAUAAACACAGACAAGUUAGUAACGCAAGUAGUGAGGAUCCAGGAUAUGAAAAAGUUAGGUUACGAAGACGAAUUGAUCUAGAUCAAGAUACAGAUUCCGAGCCAAAUUAUGAGAGCAUGCCUCAUGAUUCGGGAGAACCGAAUUAUGCUUCAGUAUGCCGUCCUGGUGAUAGUGAUACAGAUCCAAAUUAUGAAUCUGUAAGUCAUGGAGAUCCAAAUUACGAAAGUGUAAGAUACAUGAGUGUUGCUGCAUCUGAAGAACCACCAUAUGAACAGGUAAAUAAUUAUAAACCUGAAACAAAUAUUGAUGGAUAUGAAAAAAUUAAAGAUAAUAAUAGUAUAUUUAACUCAGACUAUGAAAAGAUAAAUCCAAGUAAUAACUUGGAACAAUGCAGUAAUGGGGAUACAGACGAUGAACAGUAUGUUCAGGUAUAGUGUACCUUUUAUAUAUAGAUAUAUAUAUAUAUAUAUAUAUAUGUAUGUAUAUAUAUAUGUAUGUAUGUAUAUAUAUAUAUAUAUAUAUAAAUAACUAUGUGUAGUAGCUGAUAUUGAUGAGGUUUGUUUAAUGCAGCAUGAAGCUUUCGCAGGUGAAGUUACUGAGUAAACUUUUUAUUUUUAUGAAAUACAUUUUAUCAUCUUGGCUUCAAAGCUAUAAACAGACAAUUUAGUACUAUUUGUAUUUAGUAUGAAACCAUUUUGUGCUGAUGUUUAAAUGUGUUAAGAAAAUGUUACAAAAUAAGGAGGGUAAGACUGAUAGAGACAAACAGUGAGAGUAAUGUACAAGUAAAAUCUGACUUAAUAUUAUGUUUAAUUAUUUUAAUUGGUAGCAUGUUUCAACGGUAAGAUAAAAGACUAUAAAGUUACCAAUAAUAAAAUGCCAUUUAUGUGGUUGCAUAAAGAAUUGACCAGCGCAUAUGAAGUGUGCUAUGGAUUACAUAUAGUUGGAAAUUUAUGGAUUAAAAUUAACAGAUGUCACAUAAACAUUAUUAAAUAACAAAAUUAUUAUUUCUUCUGUGAAUGGUGCAUGCUGUGCCUUGUUGUAUUGACUACUUUCUAUAGAGAAUAUAUUUAUUUUUAUUUACAUGUCACAAACAACCAGGUCACAAAAAUGUAUCCUAUUCUUUAGUCUAAUGUAAUAGUACUCUCAUAGCUUCACAUAAUAAUUUACUGCCACGUAUUGUAAAUAUUAAUUUUAUUUUUAUUUACUAAGUUAAUAUUAAAUUAUAAACAAUUAUUUAUUUAUUAUAUAUUAAUUUUGAUAAAACAAAUUCAUUUUUUUUGUUUUUAAUAUAUGCACAAUAUAUACAUUAAUAUUUUGACGAGUCCUAUAACAUGUAGAUUUAAAUAAACAAAUAUAAGAAAAAAGACUUCAUUGCCAGAGAAUUUUAGAGUCAAAAGAUAUUAAUUUAUUAUACAUUUAUAAUUUUGUAAUUUGAUUA